UUCUCUGCUACAUCACGGCUGAGACACUGAUGACCUUGCAUGAGUUCUCUGGACACAGGAAACAAACUAGGAUGUACGUUUUUUAUUCAUUCCUUUUUCUGGCUUCUCUGUCGAGGAUCGCAGCCGGGGCAGAAUGGUGCUACCAGUCCCAGGUCACUUGUGAGCACAAAUGCGAAGGACCAAGCGAAUGGCCAAAAAUAGUAUCAGCCUGUGGAGGUAAUAAACAGUCACCUAUUAAUAUUGUGACAAAGAAGGUUAAGAUGGAAGGAUCCCUCCCAGCGUUUAAAUUUCAAGGCUACAAAGAGACGUUCCACAGUUUUAUCACAAACAAUGGCCACACAGUCAAGGUCAACUUGUCGGGAGCUGCUCAGAUUAAUGGAGGAAGUUUAGGAUCAACGUACAAAGCAGUGGAAAUCCAUUUCCACUGGGGGAAGAACGGUGAACAUGGAUCAGAGCACACCAUCGACGGAGAGCAGUACCCUAUGGAGAUGCAUCUUGUUCACAUAAAGAGCACAUACUCAUCUGUAGAGGAAGCUGUUAAAGACCCCUCUGGUGUGGCGGUUUUUGGAUUUUUGUACGAGGAAGCUGAAAGCUCAAACCAAAAAUAUGAUCCCAUCAUAAACGCUCUAGUGAAUAUCCCAUUCCCUGAUAACAGAACAUCCCUUCAGUCCCUGUCUUUGGACUCGCUCAUCCCAGACCAAACUAUGCUGAGCAGCUACUUCCGCUACGAGGGCUCGCUCACCACGCCCGACUGUGCAGAGUCAGUCAUCUGGACAGUGUUCGAACAGACCAUCCCGCUCAGCAGGAAUCAACUGUCUACAUUCUCAACUCUCCAGUUUGACAAUGAAACCGCCAUGGUGGGAACGUUUCGCCCGGUGCAGCCGCUGAACAGUCGAGAAGUCUUUUACUCUGGUUGCACUGUUGUAUCUGUUAACGCUGUACUGGUUGUUGGUACCAUUUUCACCACCAUUUUUACUCUGAACACCAUAAAAUAAGUUACAUACUGUACUAACUGUGAUCAUCUUAGUAUGGAAUUUGUUAUAUCAAUGCUUUUUACAUUCUUUUAUUCUUUGUUACAACAGACGUCACAUAUUUUAUAUUUUAAACAGUUUUAACAGUGUAUUUUUAAAUAAUUAAUUAAUAUAAUAAUAGUAAUAUAUUUACAGACUUCCUUUUAGCACUGUGCCUUUUUUAGUGUUAUAUAUUUCUGUAUAUUGUAAUGCUUUAAUGCAUUUUCUGCUCUUUUCAACAUAUAAUGUGCCUUGCUACAGUCCUGUUGUAGUGCUGUUAAUAUGGUGGACAACAUUAAAGUAUUGAACUAGAAAGUA